ACAUGAUGCAAAUGAGGAUGAUGAUUGGUUGUGACUUUCAGCUACUGCAAGACAACUUUGGUUAUUACAAUCACUUUCUUUAUAGGAUUUCGGUUCUUCCAUCAUCUAGUCGCUCAAUUAAUUUAACCUGUCAACCAAGCCUAUCAUGAUGACAAAUGUGCUUAUUUCUGAUAGUACUGGACCUACUGAUGUAAUUUCACAUCCACAAUCAGGAAAAACGAGAAAGGGAAGGGGGAAGACAACAGGGCUUUCAAUCCAAAAGAAACGCAAAUGCAGUGACAAUGGCAAGUUGGAGGUGAUUAUCCCACCGGAUCGAACAAUAGCAGUAGGUCCUAGAGCUAAUGAUUUUGUUACCGAACUUUCGGUCAAAGUUUUUCAGCAUGCUAGGCAUGAUGUCAAGAAUUGGAAGAACGUUUCUAAUCUAGCAAAAGAUAGGAUCAUUGCGCAUAUGCUGGACACCUUUCAACUUCCAGACACACAACACAUUCGGGAUACUAUCCUUGAAAGAGCUAAUCAUUUGUAUCGAUAUCGUCGUAAAAGGCUCCAUGAUCAUUUCAAGAAAUUUGCUACAGAGGAGGAAAGAUUACAGAACAAGCCAAAAGAGGUUAAUGAAGUUGAAUGGAAAUUCUUGGUAGAAUAUUUCAACUCCAACGAUUUUAAGAGAAUGAGUGAAAGAAAUAAAACUAAUAAGGCAAAACAAGAAUUAAAUCAUAUUUGCGGCAGAAAAUCCUUCCAGGCCAUAUCUUUUGAAAAGAGAGAUAUAAAUACUGGAAAAGAGCCAAACCUUUAGAAACUUUGGGAAUUGACUCACACGAAGAACGGGCAUUGGGUUAAUGAUGCAUCGGCUUAACUGAAUGAUAAGUUGAAAGAAAUUGUUGCUGAACAAAUUCAAGAUGUUGAAGAGGAUACUGAUGUAGAUCCUAUUAUUAAUGCUGCAUUUGUGAGAAUUAUGGGAGAAACGUCAGGGUAUUGUGGUGGUCAAGGAUCGGGAAUUAAGCAAACAGGUAGGAGAUAUAUGAAUGGAGUUCUAGAGCAAUUACAGGCACAACGAAAAGAGGUAGAAGAAGAACGUCGUAAACGAGAGAGUGUAGAAUGCAAGCUAACUGAAGUAAAAAAUCAGCUAGAAGAGGAGCGAAAAAAUCGAGAAGUCAUGGAAGCUCGUCUGGUACAUGACCAGAAAAUGUUAAAAGGAGGAAUCAUGGCACUAGUAUCUCAUCUGUAAAAUUCCAAGAAUGUACUUCCGUCUGCAAUUCUCAAUAUUAUUGCUGAUUCAAGUGAUUCAGAUGCUGCAAGUCCUACAAGUCUUAUGGAUGACAUCAGUGGUGAACGUGCUUAAACCAGCAUUGAUAGCAAUAUGAUUCAUGUCAGGCACAAGCUAUCGGAGGAAUAUUUACUUUUGAAUUAGAACUUAAUGACCUUGUUUAUAUGAUGUUUGGUUCUUUUUGUAAUUAGUAAAACAUACUUUUUUGGAAUAUUCA